GAUUUCACAACGGAAAAUGUCCUUUUUUCGCAGUGAGCCCAUGACAUUGUGUCAACUGAUUCUGCAUACCGAAUCUGCCUUCAACUGCCUCAUUGAAUUGGGCUAUCUGGGUAAAGUGCAAUUUCGCAACAUUGAUGGCGGUGAAGAACAUGGGCACGCUCCCAACAAUCAAUAUCUAGCCGAUAUACGAAGAUGUCAUGAGCUAAGACGUUUACUGGAACAUUUGGAAACGGAAAUUAAAGAUUUCCACAUUAACAUGGUCUUUUAUCCCGAUGUCGAUGAGGAUGAGGUUCCUCAGGCAAGCGAUCUUAAGGAUCUGGAAAAGGUGGUGCAACAACAUUAUGAGGAAGUGACAAGUGUAGAGCAUAACAUUGAAGGAUUACUUAAGCAAAGAACUUUGUGCAAUGAAAAACUCAAAGUCAUGAAGGUGGCCCAUAGAUUUUUAACAGCAGGCAGCAAUAAUGCGACUGUCAUGGCUUGGUCAGAUAGUGUCAUUAUGAAUUUGAUACAUGAUGAACUGAAAUCGUUGCCCAAGGAACGCCCAUGUCUAUCCUUCUUCUGUGGCACUAUACCAUUGCAAAGAUUUCCAGCCUUUGAAGUUAUGCUGUGGAGAAUAACAAGGGGAAAUUUUCUUUUGAAACAUUCCCCACUGGAAAUUUCACAAAAAGAUGAGGCCAGAAAAUCUCAAGAGACUGUAAGAAAGCUGGCCUUUAUGCUAUUCUUUGUGGGUCAUAACAUGAAGGCACAGUUAGCCAAAUUAUGUCAAGGCUUUGGUAUACAACUUUUUCAGUGUCCCGAGUCUAUACAAGAACGCCAGAAAGAGAGUCUGAAACUAGCCCUAGACUUAAGGGACAUGGAUAAAAUCAUAGAAAAGUCCCAGGCAGAACGUUAUCGCAUACUUCUGAUAGCUGCUGCCGAUUUGUAUAUUUGGAAGGUGAAGUUAAAGAAAAUGCUGAUGGUCUACCAAGUGCUGAAUCGCAUGGGUCAUGUGCGCCAUUUGAAAUUGGGCAAAUAUUUGCAAGCAGAAUGUUGGAUUCCCACCCAAAGUGUAAAUGAGGUACGAAAAGCUUUGGAAAAAGUCAUUCAGCGAACUUCAAAAGGAAAUCCCAAUUCGAUGUUCAUGCCCAUCUUAAAUGUGCUGCACAGGCGUUUGUUGGCGGAUAGUGAGAGGCCCACCUAUUUUCAGCUGAAUCGUUUCACUCAGGGUUUCCAGCAACUCAUAGAUGCCUAUGGCAUAGCCCAAUAUCAGGAAUUGAACCCUGCUCCCUAUACCAUUGUAACUUUUCCCUUUCUGUUUGCGGUCAUGUUUGGUGAUAUAGGUCAUGGCCUGAUUAUGCUGACAUUUGGCUGCUGGAUGCUGAUCUAUGAGAAGUCUUUGGAGUUGGGCCAGCGUUUAAGCAAAACUUCCAAUGAGGUUUGGAAUAUACUCUUUGGGGGGCGCUACAUUAUCACUCUGAUGGGUGCCUUCUCGGUAUACACGGGUUUCAUAUACAAUGACUGUUUCUCAAAGUCCUUCAACAUAUUUGGCUCAGCUUGGAAGGUCAACUACAAUCAAACGACUGUUAUCGGCAACCAUCAACUACAGUUGGACCCGGCUCUUAAGGACUAUUAUCAAGGAACUCCCUAUGUAAUGGGGUUCGAUCCCAUUUGGGAUGCCUCGGGUGAGAAUGCCAUAACCACUUCGAAUUCUUUUAAAAUGAAAUUGGCCGUCAUUUUGGGCAUUUGUCAAAUGGUCUUUGGCUUAAUACUCUCAGCCUUUAACUAUCUACACCGCAAGGAUUAUAUGGACCUUGUUUUGGUCUUUAUGCCCCAACUAAUGUUCUUGCUUUCCCUAUUUGCCUAUUUGGUUUUCUUGAUCUUGUUCAAAUGGUCCUAUUAUGGGGGACACUAUGAGGCUCCCUAUAAUUCGGCAUGUGCUCCUUCAAUUUUGAUUAUAUUCAUCAAUAUGCUGCUGAUGAAGGGUCCUGAAACUCCUCACGAGGGCUGUGAUGUUUGGAUGUUCGAAUAUCAGGAUGUUGUACAAAAGGCUCUUCUGACAGUUGCCAUGGGCUGUAUACCUCUGCUGUUGGCCGGCAAACCUAUUUGGCUUAUGAUGCAGCGCAAGAAAAUACGAAGAAUCAAAAAUGAGGCUCUAAGAAAGUCACGCGCACGCAAUAACAUCUCAAAUAUCCGAAAAUCUCUCAUAUACAAUGUGGAUAGUUCGGGGUUCGUGUUGUCGGCCAAGAAAUAUAGAGAAACUAUGGAAAACGAAGAGCAGGAGGUCAGCGAGCUAUGGAUACAUUCGGGCAUUCACUGCAUUGAAAGUGUCUUGGGCGCUGUCUCCCACACUGCCUCCUAUCUACGUUUAUGGGCCUUGUCCUUGGCCCACGAUCAACUCUCCAGUGUCCUUUGGAAUAUGGUAUUGCAAAUUGGCCUAACUGGAAAUUUUGGCAAUUGGAAUAGUUUGAUAUUGGCCAUUGUUUUUUCUUUCUGGGCCAUAAUGACUUUGGCCAUACUGGUGGUGAUGGAAGGUUUAUCGGCAUUUUUACAUACCCUGCGUCUACACUGGGUGGAAUUUCAAUCAAAAUUCUAUGCUGGCUCUGGAGAACGCUUUGUGCCUUUUAAAUUCAAGCAAAGCACUAUGGCCGGAUGAGUGAAGUUUAAAGGGACUAUGAAAUAGAUU